AUAACGUCGGUAACUAGUCCGAACGCGGCGUCCAGUAAGAACGCACGUCGUUUACCUAUUGCGUUCUAAGUUUUCAUCAACAAUGCCUGUGUGGUCGAAAGAUAUGAUAAAAUUAAUCGGGCUGAUUAGAGAAAGGAGAUUUUUGUAUGACGUGACACACAAACAUUACAAAUGCCACCGUUUGACGAGAAUCGAUGCAUGGAAGGAAAUCACUCGUGAAAUGGGCUCCGGCAGUGUAAAGCUUUGGAGGACAAAGUGGAAGGGUUUAAAGGACAACUACGCGAAGCACAAGAAAGCGAACCCUCCUUACAACGAUAUCCUUUACAAGAAGUACAAAUACUGGCUCUGGGCUAAAUACAUGACGUUCCUAGACCAAUGCAGAGGUGAAGGCCGUGAAGGCGGUGAAGGCAGUAGAAACCACACGCGCAUCUUUAUUUACACAAACGAAGACCAAGAUACAACGCAACAUAACGCUGAACUCCCGGACGCCGAUGACGCAAAUUCUUCAGUAGAAGACCAAAGCGAACAAGAAACUGACAUGCUAGAGAAUAUGGACGACUCCACUGAAGUUGCAGAGACUGACAUGGUAUACAAUAAACGAAAAAGUCACCAUAUGAACGACUCAACCGAAGCUGCAGAAACUUCGAAAAGAAAAAAAAGUGAUGACAAAGACGAAAUAGAUGGUGUAGAUCAUUUUUUCUUAAGUUAUGCUCAAUCUUUCAAACAGUUACCGACUAGGAUGCAAAUAAUGCUAAAACUAGAGAUCGCCACUUUGUUCUCUAGGUACGAACAGCUAGCGGAGGACGCUGCCACACAGUCUAAGCCAAUUCCAGUUAAAUCUGAAUUUGAAUUUACUUACACAGAAGGAGAAUAGUGUAGAAAGAUUUACUUAUUUUGUCCUGAUGGACCAAUGUUACUAAAUGGUGUCAAUUUUGUAGAUAAAAUACGCAUAAAUCAACCUGUGUUUUAAUGUGAAAUUAAAGAAAUGGUACCUACCUAUAGUUUCUUUGCUUUUUUGUUUUACGAUUUUAAGUAUUAAAUUGUUGCCUCCUUGACUGACGAGCAUUCGUAUGAAAUGUAAUACCUACUCUUUUCACAAUUUUAUACAUCAGAAUGGUGUAACAAAUUGUAUCAUUAGGUAUAUAAAGUAGUAAUGUUUUAUUGGAACUCUUGUCUUUCCGACCAUCAGAAUAAUAAGGGGUAAUUAAAAUAAGUAGGCAAAAACUCUUAUCAAUUGUAUAUUUGAUAUCAAAUCUUAUUACAAUAACACAGCUUAACAAAAAUUAUUACAUUAAGUUAACGGCUCCACCCGUGUCGAACGCUGACGUUCUCAAUAUGUGAAAAUAGCCCUACGAUGUAAUAAAUAUUACUUAAAGUCAUGUACGUGCUUCGUGCGCGGUACUUUAUUAUAAAAAAAACUUAAACAAUAUGGAAAUUGGUGAGAACAUGAAUUUUUAAGUUGCUUUUACAUUUGGAACAUUAUGCACUAUUCUCAUCGGUUGUAAUAUCAUAAUUCAGUUCCUGCAUCGUUUCGAAUAAAACUAAGCAACAAUAAAUAAUCAACGAUACAGAAAAAUGUGAGUCACGAAAUCGAAAAAAACUUAUCGUCUGGCCAAUUUCAAUAUUGUCUAGUUUGCUAAUUUUACUGUGUCAUAAAACGCUUCUGUCAUUUAGCGUAAAAUGUGUUCUAAAUCAAAGUUGUAACAUUUGUGUCUCUACAAGUACAUAAAAGUUCAUUAAAACAACAUCUGACUGGGA